UGUGUGUGUGUCUGUGUACGUACGUGUAUGUGACGUGUGUAUAUCUGUAUACUGUACUGUAAUUUAAAACCUACUGGCCUGAUUUAUUGCUAAUUUUCAGACAAAGGAGAAGAGCUUUGGUGUUCUAAACGAUAAUUUUCGAGAGGCAAGCUGAUCAUGGCUGAGGGAUCCACUCUUCGAAAGAGGUACCGGGCCUGCAUGAUCCUGAGUGGAGCUGGAGAUGCACUGGGGUACAACCGCGGCGACUGGGAGUUUGAGUCAAAUGGUGAAAAAAUCCAUAAAGAGGUAGCAGCGAAAGGGGGCUUGGAGAACCUGAAUGUUAAGGAGUUUCCAAUUAGUGAUGACACGGUCAUGCACCUUGCAACAGCUGAAGCCUUAGCAGAGACUGGAAAAGAUGCAUCGGUGAAACACUUGUAUGAUGCCUUGGUUAAAAAGUACAUAGAGUGUAUGGAUGAUAUGGAUGUCAGGGCCCCAGGUAUCACAUGCAUUGGUAGCAUUGGCCAAUUACAGGCAAACCAGGUGGGAGACUGGAGGAUCCCUUUCAACAAAAUUGGUGGGGGCUGUGGGGCUGCCAUGAGGGCCAUGUGUGUGGGCCUGCGCUUCCCUGGGCCCGAGCAAGAGCACCUCCUGGUGGCCGUGAGUGUGGACAGCGGCCGCAUGACCCACCACCACCCCACGGGCUACCUGGGGGCGCUGGCAGCUGCACUGUUCACAGCCUACGCGGUGAGGGGCUCACCCCCAGUAGAGGCCUGGGGCCAGGGUCUGAUGAAGGUGCUGGAGAAGGCCAAGGAGUAUGUGAAGAAAGACGGGUAUUGUGUUGAAGAAAACAUGAAACAAUGGAACUACUUUGGGGACAGCUGGAGAAAAUACCUUGAGAAAAGGGGAAUCCUUGAAGGGACUGGAAAAGCCCAGUUUCCAGAUGACUAUGGAGUGACGGCGAGGGAGGUUUUCUACAAGUCAGUCAGCUUCGGGGGAACAGGCGGUGCCAGCGGACAUGACGCACCUAUGAUCGCCUACGACGCACUGCUGCGGGCUGGGAAGUCUUGGACUGAGCUGGCCAAUCACGGCUUCUUCCACGGAGGUGAUAGUGACUCCACUGCCGCCAUUGCUGCUGCCUGGUGGGGUGCCCUCUACGGCUUUCACAACGUGCCCAAAAAAAACUACGAAAAGCUGGAGUACUACAAACGGCUCUAUAAUGUGGCAGAUAAGCUUUACAAGAUGAGGGGAAUGCCACUAGCCUUGUUGACACCAGACCCUUCUCAAUAGUAAUGCAGAGUUGGGUCUGGGCAAGAUUCAUUCAUGUAAUUUACAACGACAUUGUACCACAUUGAAAGCUAAUGUUUUCUCACUAUACCUACAUCUGUCCUCUUUCAAACACAGUUUGAGCUGAUCAGAUAAUGUGGAAAUGAACAUGAUGACUGGCAAAAUAAAUUACUGUGAUAUUGUUUUA